AUGUUGGAGCUACCCGGAGCCCGGGUGUGUGCCGCCGCGCUCGCGGGCGCUCUCCUCCUGUCGCUUUUCGUGCUGGUGGUCCGCCAGCUCCUGAGGCAAAGGCGACCGGUGGGCUUCCCCCCGGGGCCGCCGCGGCUGCCGUUCAUUGGCAACAUCUGCUCUCUGGCCAUGUCUACCGAGCUUCCCCACGUCUACAUGAGAAGGCAGAGCCGCGUGUAUGGCGAGAUUUUCAGUUUAGAUCUUGGAGGCAUAUCAACUGUGGUUCUAAAUGGCUAUGAUGUAGUAAAAGAAUGCCUUGUUCAUCAAAGUGAAAUUUUUGCAGAUAGACCAUGCUUUCCUUUGUUCAUGAAGAUGACAAAAAUGGGAGGCUUACUCAAUUCCAGGUAUGGCCGAGGAUGGAUUGAUCACAGAAGAUUGGCUGUUAACAGUUUUCACUGUUUUGGAUGUGGCCAAAAAUCUUUUGAAUCUAAAAUCAUAGAAGAAACUUGUUUUUUAAUUGAUGCUAUUAAAACAUACAAAGGGAAACCUUUUGACCUCAAGCAACUAAUAACAAAUGCUGUUUCAAACAUAACUAAUCUGAUCCUUUUUGGAGGACGAUUCACUUAUGAAGACACUGAUUUUCAGCAGAUGAUUGAAUUAUUUAGUGAAAAUGUGGAACUAGCUGCUAGUGCUCCAGUCUUCCUGUAUAAUGCAUUUCCAUGGAUUGGCAUCUUACCUUUUGGAAAACAUCAGAAGCUAUUCAGAAAUGCAGAUGUGGUCUAUGAUUUCCUCUCAGGACUUAUUGAAAAAGCUGCAGUCAACAGAAAGCCCCAUUUACCUCAGCAUUUUGUUGAUGCCUAUUUAGAUGAGAUGGAUCAAAGUAAAAAUGAUCCUUUAUCUAUGUUCUCCAAAGAGAAUCUAAUUUUUUCAGUGGGUGAACUCAUCAUUGCUGGAACUGAAACUACGACCAAUGUGCUACGCUGGGCAAUUCUUUUCAUGGCCCUUUAUCCUAAUAUUCAAGGACAAGUUCAUAAAGAAAUUGAUUUAAUUAUAGGCUACAAUAGGAGGCCUUCUUGGGAAGACAAGUGCAAAAUGCCUUAUACUGAAGCAGUUUUACAUGAAGUUUUAAGAUUCUGUAAUAUAGUUCCACUGGGGAUUUUCCAUGCAACCUCUGAAGAUGCAGUUGUACGUGGUUAUUCCAUUCCUAAAGGCACAACAGUCAUUACAAAUCUUUAUUCUGUUCACUUUGAUGAGAAGUACUGGAAAGACCCAGACAUGUUCUGUCCUGAGCGAUUUCUGGACAGUAGUGGACAUUUUACUCGAAAGGAAGCUUUCAUUCCUUUUUCUCUAGGGAGAAGACACUGUCUUGGAGAACAACUGGCUCGGAUGGAAAUGUUCUUGUUUUUUACAGCAUUGCUUCAGCAAUUUCAUUUGCAUUUUCCACAUGAGCUAGUUCCAAACCUGAAACCCAGGUUGGGCAUGACAUUGCAACCCCAGUCCUACCUCAUCUGUGCAGAAAGACGCUAAAAGUACACACUGUAUUAGAGGAUUACCUUGUUUAAUCAAUAAUAAUAUUUGGGCCAAAGCCACAGUUUUAUAAAGCCAAGUGAAC